AUGGCUCUAUCCCGGCAACUACUGCGGGACAACGCCCACAUCGCUGCUUACCACUUCCAUAAGCGUCAUACGCUAUUUAGAACUAUUGUCCUGAAGCAGAAGUUCAACCUAACGGACUCUUGGGGCCGCUACGAGUGGCAGGGCAGGGGCUCCAGUCACCACCACGGCCUAUAUUGGCUAAGUGGCCACCUAGACUUAGAUCCCGACAACGAUCAGUCCCCCGACGCAGCCGCCCUUCAGUCCCGCCUACGGCACAUUAAAUACCUCGUUGUCGAUGAAAAGAGCAUGCUAGGGCUUGAGCAGCUCGCGCGGAUCGAUUCCCGUCUGCGGCAGGCCUUUCCACAGCGUAACCUCGAGUUCUUUGGUGGUGUGAGCGUCCUGCUAGUGGGCGAUUUCUUCCAAUUACCACCAGUCCGACAGAAGCCCCUGUAUUCGACUAGCACCUGCCUGUCUUCGUCGGAAAGGAGAGGGCAGGUGGCCUACCGUUUAUUUAACCGCACCGUCUUCCUUACCACGGUACAGCGCCAGGCUGGUGAUGAUUAG